GAUUUUUUCCUUUCACUGUAUCCCACCACAUUUUGAUAGCUAUUUUAUCGGCAAACGCAGUGACGUGUUCUCAUUUACGGACCAGGCACGCGAAAUUCCGCCGCCAGUGGUCACACCCGUAUCCCGGUGUCUCGACUUGGAGAGGCGCUCUCGAACCACGGACUUUUGCCGGGCGUCUCCCCUUCUGUUUUUUCUACCUCUUCGUCAAAAUGUUGCUCCGAGUCCAGGCACUGACUCCGGAAGUCCGGGCCAUGUAUGCUGCACAUGGCCACUACCACGAAGGAGAUUCUGGAGUAGAUUUGUUCGUCGUGCAAGACCAAGAGAUCCAACCGGGAGAGACAGCUUUUGUCAAGCUCGGCAUCAAAGCCGCUGCCUUCACACCGGCAGAGGGGGGAGAACAGGAGAAAAACGUCUCCUGGCUCAUCAUGCCCCGCAGCAGCAUUUCCAAAACCCCUCUCAGACUGGCUAACUCAGUGGGUCUGAUCGACGCGGGGUAUCGAGGAGAAAUUAUGGCCGCCGUCGACAACAUCAAGACCGUUCCGCACACCCUGAAGAAGGGUGAUAGAAUCGUCCAGGCUGUCGCGUUCAGCGGCGAGGGCAUUACCCUGGAGCUUGUCGAUGAACUGAACAAAACCGCGCGUGGCGAGGGAGGAUUUGGCUCGACAACGUGCCCCGCUGGGGAGCCUGAGAUGAAGAAAGCCAAGAACGACGUGGCAAAUUAAAAGGAUGUUGUGCAGAGGUAACUGCUUCGUCUUAAACUCAGUGAUGAGGAUGCCUUGCUUGUGUGAGGCAGAAGCAGGGCGAGUCGCGCGCUAGAAAUCCCUUCUUUUUCGA